AUGGAGUCGAAGGUCAUUAUUGAAUCACGGUUCGAGGAUAAGGAGAAAUUGGACCUGGAGACCACAACUUCCACGAACCCGUCGCCGAAAAGUCCAACAGCAUACCUGUCGAUCACGAGUAUCGUUAUCGGCUACAUCGCCGCCCUAGAGAUCGCAUCUCUCCCACCUGUGAUUCAGGCCACUACCAACACAAGGCUGGGGUUGAGGUCAUACUACUGGUGGAUCGCACUUGCGGAAAUUGCGACCAGCGUUUUUGCCUGGAGCGUCGCUGGGAGUCUGGGCGAUCAGUACGGCAGAAGGAACAUUCUGGCUGUGGGCAAUUUGAUUGCACUGAUCGGAGCAAUUGUUGGCGCCACUGCGCACUCUGUCUGGGUUGUUGUACUUGGCCAGGCUAUCUUAGGAUUGGGAGCAGGUUGUCAAUUCCAGGCGGUGGCGAUCAUAUCCGAAAUCUUUCGGCAUAAACACAGGUCGCUGGUUCAAGGAUUGCUGACAAUCUCCCCCUUCCCCUUUAUUGCCUGCGGGCAGUUGAUCGGAACCGCCAUGGCAACACAUGCCACCUGGCGCUGGGUUUUCUAUCUCAAUAUCGUACUCUCUGGCAUUGCCCUUGUCAUGACGCUCCUCUUUUACCGACCACCUGUUGAUCGUACACUACGACCCACAACAAUUCUGCACAUUGACUACGUUGGGAUCUUGCUUUAUGCCGUACUGAACCUGCCAAACCAGCGUUCGAGGAAGUUGGCUAAUCUCUCCCAGCUCUUUCUGGCCGGCGUAGCCCUCUGUUUUGGCUGGACUGGCUUCGGAACCUACGGUUGGGGAAAUUCGGCGGUAUUGGUGUCAUUGUGCCUUGCCUUACUGUUUAUUGUUCUUCUUGUUCUCUGGGAUUUCACAAAGGCCAAGAACCCGAUGUGGCCCCCAGUCGUCCUUGGAAACGGUAGAGGGUUCCUUACAGUCAUUGUAGUUGCUACUUUUGAGUCCUUUGCAUUAUUUUCCAUGUCCACUAUCUUCACUGGGCAGAUAUCGGCUCUCUAUAGCACAGAUCCAUACAGAGUUGGCGUCGAUGUUCUCCCCUACGGGAUUGCAAGCGUGGUUGGCAUGCUCGCGGCAGGGCUCUUCAUGAGAAAGAUACGACAUACGAAUCUCCAGCUGGCCGUUCUGUGCUUUGUGCUGACCGUCUUCGUUGGCGUUAUGGCCACACUGACGCCAAAGUCUGUUAAGUCAGGCCUUGCAUUCACUUGUCUCGGAGGGUUCGCUGUUGGAUGGAUUAUGAUCCUCCUGGUCGUGAUGGUCCAGUUUGGAAGCCCCAACAGGCUUAUUGGUACCUCCACAGGUCUGCUGAACUUAGCCCGGACUGUGGGUCAAGCAAUGGGAAUCGGCUUCUACCAAACUAUUAUUCGCUCUAGAGUUGGUGCCACGUUAGUGAAAAGGGUGGCGGGAGCGGUACUCCCAUUGGGGCUACCGGCUACCUCACUACCAGAUUUGCUGAUCGCAAUCGCAAGUGGAAACCAAGCAGCAAUAAUGAAAGUGCCCGGAAUUAAUCUCAAAAUAAUUGAAGCAGCGGUGCUGGAGACCAAGCUUACAUACGCGGCCGCUUUCCGCAUCGUUUAUUACGUCGGCAUGGUCGGGGGAAUCAUCUCUACUAUCUUUGCACUUUUCACCAAGGACGUGACUCCAUUCAUGAUGGGCGCAGAAGGAGAACAUUUGGCCGUUGACAUUGGAGGCUCAAAGCGACCGUUCCUCCCGCUCUUUCCGAAGGAAAAGCAGGUUCAACGCAAGUGA